CAACACCACCAUGACGGACACGGUCUCCAGGGUCGCAAAACAUGUCUCGCCCAAGUGUUGCCCCGUCGCGGGCUUUGACGCUCACCGAAGAGUUGGAGAAGCUGGAGCAAUCUAUCACAUUGACUCUGCAAGAAAUUGACCACAACUUCAGCCGAGCGCAUCGUAUCGUGACCACGAGCAUUCUCCCUAUUGUUGAACAGUAUGGGAAGCACUCUGAGGCAGUAUGGGAGGGAUCCAAGUUCUGGAAGCAGUUCUUUGAGGCGAGCGCCAACGUCUCCCUCUCAGGUUAUGAGUCCCCGGGCGAUGAUACUGCGCACGAGGAGACCAGAGAAUCGCAACUGUACGAUGAAGAGGCAGAUGAAACUGUAACCGGCGCAACCGCGACUCCUCCACGUCCUUCUUCUUCGCAAACCCAGGAGCUUGAAGAUACAUCCACCCUAGAUUCCUCUUCUUUGGCACACGCUCAUAGUACUCCGAGAGCACCUCACGCACAAUCAGAAGGAGCAUCGUUUGCAGACUAUCCAUCCCCCUAUGAAACACUCAGGCGCGAAAUGGAGGCAGAAGGGACAGGCCAGCCGGAGCCGCUUACGCCGGGAAGAAGAACACAAGAGCUACCCGACAUGUCCAUGGCCGAGUCAUCCCCUUUCAAGCUGCCUAUGGCUGGGCAGAAACAGUCACACGUUAAAGAUCCAGUACUCCACCACAUGUUGGACAAGACGUAUCGCAUUGCUGCUACUCCACACACCGCACAGAAGUACAAAGCGCCCAUUGGCAACACGCCUGGAACUGGGAGGCGUGGAGCCCCGGCGUUGGCACAAUGGGCUAUCGAUUCAUCUCCUCCUUCUUCGCCAGCACCACAGCUGCGCGCUGAUAUAUUCUCCUCACCUCUGAAGGCACCUCGCACUCCAGGAGUAAGCGUACAGACCCCUGGAAGGGGAAGGAAGACUUUCGAAGCCACUCAAACGAAAGGCAUUUUCGACAGUGAUAGCGACGAGGAUGACGAUGGUCUGGACUUUAGCCCCCCGAAGACGAUGCAGUUUCACAUACCUCAGAGCAGAUUACUUCAAACCCCAGCACGUGAAGCGAGCAGGCGAAUUGUGGAAGACCUUCUUUUGACAGCAGGCGGUGACAUCACGGAUGACACCGGAGGUCUCGCAGAGGACGACAGCCCGAGUGUUGUCAGACGGCAAGUUGAUCUUGAUGAUAGCUUUUAAUGAAUCCGAUGCUUUCGCAGAGGACGCUGGUACACAAGUUGCAUUUUGUACCUGGUGUUAUGUUUAGACUCAAAGAUACCCACAUAGAUCCAAUGAUGUUUUUCCUGUCUUUUCUUUUGGAGAUAGUGCUGAGAC